AUGGAGAAGACACAGCGUGAAGCUGUGAGGAGCAACUUCGACUAUGCUGCCUUUAUGUUUGCCAUCCGUACCCGCCUGGCGGAUUUCCGCAAGGCCUGCAAAUUGGUUCGCGCCUGGACAACUUUCUUUGCGGCCCGGGCCAUGAAGUACAAGGACGACUAUGGCGAGGAGGCGGCCACCGAAAAAUACGGUUUCAUUAUCGAUCUUUGGAAGGAGAUGCAGGACUUCGAGUUGGUCCGUGACCAGCUCCUCCAUGUCUUAGUGGCCGGGCGGGAUGUGCUAGCGAGCUUGCUGGCUUGGACCUUGUAA